AUGGCUGGCAAUUCGCCAUCAGUCCACUCUCUCCAACAGCCACUCAAAGCUGACGACCUCCUCAAGCAGGAGCGACGGGAUUAUGAUUGCACCUCGUGUCGCAUCGUCGGCGGCACGGCAUUCAUCGGUCUUGCGGGCUACAGCUACUGGGAGGGCAUGAAGCAGCUCGAGAAGAACCGCGCGUCGAUUCUCAAGAGCAAGCCGUGGAUUGGCAUACGAGGGCGAAAGGCGGGACUGAUUGGGACCUCGGUUGGGCUGGCCUGGAUGGGCAUCUAUCGACUAUUUGGAUGA